GGGCCCCCGGGAGCCCUCUACCCCCACCCUACAGCUCAACCGUCCAGGUGCGCGCGCCCUGCCCGAGGGCACCACCCCUGCUCCCUCUGACCCUGCGAGACCCGGCCGUUGCCAGAUGUCCACGAUGGGAAACGAGGCCAGUUACCCGGCUGAGAUGUGCUCCCACUUUGACAAUGAUGAAAUCAAAAGGCUGGGCAGGAGCUUUAAGAAGUUGGACUUGGACAAAUCAGGCUCUCUGAGCGUGCAGGAGUUCAUGUCCCUGCCGGAGCUGCGCCACAACCCGUUGGUGCAGCGAGUGAUCGACGUCUUCGACACCAACGGCAAUGGAGAGGUGGACUUCAAGGAAUUCAUCCGGGGGAUCUCCCAGUUCAGCGUCAAGAGCAACGAGGAGCAGAAGCUGAGGUUUGCGUUCAGCAUUUACGACAUGGAUAAAGAUGGCUACAUUUCCAACGGGGAGCUCUUCCAGGUGCUGAAGAUGAUAGUGGGUGACAACCUGAAGGACUGGCAGCUCCAGCAGCUGGUCGACAAAACCAUCAUCAUCCUGGACAGGGAUGGCGAUGGGAAGAUAUCCUUUGAGGAAUUCAGUGCUGUGGUCAGAGACCUCGAGAUCCACAAGAAGCUGGUCCUCAUCAUGUGAGCGUUUUUCUUAUGAGCACCACCCAACAACUUUUGCUUUCUUCCCUACCUCUUUCAAGAUUUGCUCAAGACAUCCAACUGUCUCUCUGACUUAACCUGGAAGUAUUUCUCUGUGAAGCCACAUGUCCUAAAAGGAGCUUCAUCACCAGCUCAGUGCUAUUAUUUCUCCUUCUCUGAAUGACUCAAGGUACCCUACAGGGGGAAGAGCAAGUCAAAGGAGCAUAAUGGGGAAAAAAAGGGAAAUGGCUUUUAUAAACGUCUUUUCCUUUAUUUUGAUUCAAAGACCAAAUUAGAACUUUAAAAGUUCAAAAAUUAUAAAAUACACACUUUUGCUGUCAUUUCUCAUCAUUUUUGGUAUAAGGGAGGAAAUUUAUGAUUUGCAUAGGGGUUAGGUGAAUGGUUUUCAUUUGCCUGUGCUCGGAUAUCUUCCCAGAUUGUUAACUAUCCUAUUGUAGCAACAAGAACAAAUAUAUUUCUCUUUGCUGGGC